AUGGGUCGCUCGCGUGUCCUCUCGUUCAUUUCAGCCUUUGCGCCGAAACAUAGCCAGAACACAACGCCCCAAGAUACAGCAAACCCGGUUCCUGCGCAGUCAGGUCGCUUGUCGAAAAUCGACAAACAUGAUCCCGCUCCGUUUCGCCCUUCGCCCAGUUCGAGCGGGACACCGCUGUCAGUUUCAGAUCGAUCUAGUGUCAUGCGACCAGCAUCCAUGGCCUUCACCUAUCAAGCGCCACAGACCGACAUCGCCAGUGAUACUUUGCCGGAGCUGCUACCGGUCUUUACCUUUUUGAAUAGUCAUUCCAACAAGCUGUAUCAGGAAGGAUAUUUUCUCAAACUCAAUGAUUUGGAUACCCAGGGUCGACCGUGUACAGAUCGAAAGUGGGUGGAAUGCUUUGCCCAGCUUGUAGGAACAGUGCUCUCACUCUGGGACGCUAAUGCGCUGGACGCAGCAGGUCAGGAUGGGGAGGUGCCACCCACUUUUAUCAACCUCGCGGAUUGUUCCCUGAAGAUGAUUGAAACACUGCCAACACGCGACAAGACGUCAAAGCCUCUGCAAAAUAUCUUGAGCAUAUCAACGGCGGGUAAAAACCGGUACCUCUUCCACUUCAACUCAUUUCAUUCUCUCACCCAAUGGACCGCUGGGAUCCGCCUUUCUCUUUUCGAACACACAUCGCUCCUCGAAGCUUACACCGGCUCUAUCAUUGCCGGCAAAGGUAAAGAACUGAACGAUAUUCGUAUGAUUAUGGAACGCUGCCGUUUCAAGCAUGAGGACUGGGCUAGAGUUAGAUUCGGUGCUGGAACCCCAUGGAGACGUUGCUGGUGUGUUAUCACGCAACCAGAUGAGAAGGAAUACCAAAAAAUGCAGAAAUCUGUGAAGAAACGUUCCGCCUACGAUCGUACUACGCCGGUAUUGACUGGCAACAUCAAGUUCUACGAUACUAAAAAGACAAAAAAAGCCCAGCCUAUUGCCACGAUUACCAACGGAUAUGCAGCCUAUGCUAUCUAUCCCCAGUCGAAGCCAUUAAUAGACCAAUCGACCCUGCUUAAGUUAGAAGGAAACAUCACCAUCCACUCGCAAACAGAUUCCACAACGGAAGGAUUCGUUUUUAUCAUGCCCGAGAUUCGCCCGGCGGUGUCUGGCUUUGAGAUCAUGCUUCGCUUCCUCUUUCCCGUUUUCGACACGUUUGGUCUGUAUGGAAGGCCAACCCGACUCAUUGCCGAUACAAAUAACGUCAAAAGCUUGAUGCUUGCUUUCCCAAAACAAAAGCGCUAUGGUUAUCUAGAUGUUCUCGAUGUUGUCAACCUGAUCAAUACGUCGGGAAGUCAAAAUUGGACGGAAAGGGAUUGGAGAAAGCAACUCAGAGAGGCCACAGGGCAGCGAAUGUCAACCGUAAAUAGUCCUGCAAGCAGCAUUUCUGGCGGACGGUCUCGUCAGCGAUCCAGCUUGCCUGGUAGGUCAGGAAACACCCGGUUUCAGGAGCCUAGUAAACCCUGGUCGACUGAAUUCAACCAGUCUGCGGAUGCUAUUAUCGAAACAUCCAACACGAAUACAGCACCUGCUCCUCCAGGUCCGGGCCAGCAUUAUGGACAUAAUCGAGCCGUAUCGGACACAAGUGCAUUCACUACAAUCAAUUCUCCAGAUAGAACCUCCGCUCCAGCUACGCAGUUGCUCCGCGACCGCCCACCAGAGCCUCCAGUCCACGGUGUCACUUUCGAGAGCGAACGUCCUAGCACUCGUCAUUCAAAUGCGAGCAGUUCUGAUCCAGAGCCCUUUGCACGGCCUCCGCCUCAAGAAUUUGUAAGGCCAGACCUGCGACCUAAUGGACCCCCAGCGCCUGUGGCAGUCCCUCCCGCUUUUGCACAUCAACCCGGCGAAAUCCCCACGAGCAGACCUCAGCCCUCGCUUGAGUUGAGGAGAGCAAACAAUCGAAUGUCGAAUUCAACUUUAGCGCAGUUUGCUGAAGUAGGUGGAAUACAUGGUGCUGCAGCUACAUCUAAUCCCCUAGAACCCCAUACCAGCCUAUAUCCAAUUGAUCAGCACAAUGAACGCCUUCCGUCGUCUCGCGGCUCUGAUCUAUUCCUAAACACCAACUCAAGCAAGCAGUCCUUACCGAGCGGUCCAAUUCAGAAUGAAGCGACUAAGGCUGUCUCAUCUCGACCUAUAAGUCAAGUGCCGAGUCUGCAUAUAGACACGUCCAAGGUGACAAAGAGAAAACCUCUUCCCACUCAACCAGUUUACGUGGCAGAGCUCAAUGUUGAUCCCGAUCAGGCUAGCCUCCACGACCCUGUUUCUGCUGCCUCGGAUCCGAGCUUGAGAGAUCUCCAACAUACUGUUGAUGAGGCUGCCUUGGACCGUGUUUUACCUCACCACGUACUAUUUUCACCUCCCCCAAAGCCUGCUACCAGCCAGAUUAUCCACGCCGCGCGAUUGGAUGACGAAAGCAACUAUGACAAUGAUUCGCCAUCUCCAUCUUACGCUAGCACUCGCAGAUCGACCGAUACAAAGCGCUCAGAAGCGUCUAUUCCUCAAACGAGAAUGGGAGUUCUCAAGACGGUUGGGGAUGCUCCUCCAACAAGCCAAGAGGUGACAAUCGGAGAUGCUCGGUUUUUUGCCAACCAAGAACUACCCAAAGAAAAUCCUGACAUUCCCACUAUUGAUUUUGGGCCGACAAUGGCGCAUAGUCUACAUACUCGGAGUCCCAGUAUGUCGGAUGUAUUAAAUCAAUUUGGACAUGGUCGAUCGGAUUCUGAGUUGACAGCUCGCAAUGAUACUACACCUGGACACCAUGCUCGCAAGCUAUCUCGAUCUCCUGGUGGAGAUGACAAGCGCAGAAGUGUAGUUUGGCAGCCCGGCAUGACAAAUGCUCGCGCAGAGUCCCCAGCAAACCGCACCAUUACGCCUGAGCAGUUUGUCCAUCAACGUUCGGGAUCAAGCCCACGUAUCUCACCCGCAUACCUAGCUGCUGUUAGACCUCAUUCUGGCGAUUGGGCUAUGACCUCUCACCAACACUCUCCGAGUCGAGAAUUACCUCCUCGACCUCAUUCCCGGGGAUCGACUAUGAUGUUGAACCAAAGUAACAUGCCUUACCGGCCACACUCUCGAAGCCCCACAAUGAUGCUGAACCAAGGAGAACUACCACCUCGACCCAAUUCUCGCGGCUCCAAUAUGCUUUUAAGUCAAAAUGAUAUUUCCAACCACCUGUCCGCUAGGGAGCAAGAGCAUGUUGCUCGCAUGACUGGUCAGGCUUUCUUUAAUUUGUCCAAUACUAAUGUCAAACAAAAUGUUGGCUCUGGUGGUCUUAUUGGUGCCAUUGAUGCUCGAGAGCGGGAGAAGAAGAGCAUGAAAGAGGGUGUCAGCAACCAGAUGGUACAGCAAGCUAUUGCCCAACGUCAGCAUCAACAGAUGCACGAAGUACAGCAGCAGCAUGCUAAAGUUAGAAGCAUCUAUAAUAUGCCCGGCGCUAGCUACACCUGGGAUGCUCUCAACCACAUGAAUUUUGUGAAUAACCCCCCGAAUAGUGCCGCUCAGCAAUCCUGGAACGACACGCCUCGGUUGACUCCCACACCACCAGCCGCUCAACACUCGAAUCAUUAUUCCCAACAAUACACAAGCCAUCAGUAUCAGAACCCACAGUAUCAAAGCCCGCCACCGUACCAGAGCCAACAAUAUCCAGGCCAACAAUACCCAGGCCAACAAUACCCAGGUCAACAAUACCCAGGUCAACAAUACUCAAGUCAUUACCCGAGCUACCAAUAA